AUGGCUACUCGCUGUGGCAUUAAUAGCGAAUACAGAAGCACACCCAGUGACCUUUUCUACCUCGAGGACUUGGUGUUUUCGUCACCGCCAGGGUCUGACAGCGCCGCCAAGGAGCUCGAUGCCUCCUUCACAUUGCAAGGGGACUACCAAGGAACCAUCAGAUUAAGUUUGCAUCGUAACGAUGGAAUCUUUCACCAGCCAGUAUCGGUCAACUAUGUGCGAUCCGACGGGACAUCUCACUCCUUCGAAGAAAUAGCUCGAGGAAGCCAUCUGGCGUUCCAAGGCACGGCUCAUGUUCGAGACAACUAUGCGAAAGGUCAUCAUGAUAUACAGAGGAGGGCUGGAUGGGCAAGAAUGAGCUUCUACAUCAAGGACGGAGUGCAACUGGGUGAAGGAUCGUUCACUGUCGAUGAUGUCAAAUACCAUGUGCAGACCGACUACAACUACCGCAGCACCUGGUUUCCUGGCGAGCCGGAAGCCCCUGAAUCAGAGAAGCCUUACAUGGUUGUGUGGAGAGACGCUUUCCCUUCUCAAGAUGGCAGCGCCCAAGAGCUGGAAAAGCGUGCGUCGGAUAAUGAGUCGGGCUGCGCGUUUGACAGCCUUGAUUUCAACCACCCCGAAUUCGCCUCCACGCGAGAGCUUGACUAUGGUAUGGGAAGCCUCGACGAGCGCCAGUUCAGUUCCGGAGGUCUCGAUAACCUUGACCUUACCAGUGUUAUUGGUUCUACGAGUGGCUGUCCUAGUACCAGACUGAUCGCUCUCGUUGGUAUCGCUACCGACUGUGGUUACACAUCCCAGUUCUCCUCCAGCGAUGACCUCCGCCAACAUGUGCUGGCACAAAUAAACACAGCAUCCCAGAUUUACGAGGAUAGUUUCAAUAUCUCCCUCAGGGUCCGGAACCUGACGAUUAGCGAGCGUGACUGCCCCUCGACUACAUCGACAUCCACCCCCUGGAAUGUCCAGUGCAGCUCGACCACCAGCAUCGGAGACCGCCUUCAGUCCUUCUCCACGUGGAGGUCACAGUCCAGCGACGGAGUGAACGCGGUUUGGACGUUGCUCACUUCCUGCAACUCGGCCUCGACUGUUGGUAUCGCUUGGAUGGGGACUGUUUGCAACGACUCGGGCCGGAGAAGAUCAACCCCCUCCGCCAAUGUGGUUGUGAGAACACCGGCCGAGUGGCAGGUGAUUGCUCACGAGAUAGGGCAUAAUUUCGGCGCCGUUCAUGACUGCACCAGUGGUUGUUCAGGCAGUACUGCCAACGGUGGUGAUCGUUGCUGUCCGUUCAGCCAGAGUAGCUGUGACGCCACCGGACAGUAUAUAAUGAAUCCAACCUCGAGCCGGGCGAUGAGCGUAUUCUCCCCUUGCACCAUUGGUACCAUCUGUACCGCAAUCGGACGAAACCUCAUCCAGACAAGCUGUCUUCGCGGGAACGAUGACGUGCCUACUAUAUCCGAGGGAGUCUGCGGAAACGGCAUCGUCGAGACAGGAGAGGAGUGCGACUGCGGCGGCGAACAGGGCUGCCAGGGGAACAGCUGCUGCAACCCAACCACAUGCAGAUUCACAAGCGGCUCAGUCUGCGACCCAUCAAAUGAUAAAUGCUGCACAGAUCAGUGCGCCCUCGCCAGCCAGGGCACAGUAUGCAGGACCAGCUCCGGAGAGUGCGACCCGGAAGAAACCUGCGACGGCUCCACCGCCAGUUGCCCGGAGGAUACACACGCCGAUGAUGGAGACUCCUGUGGAAACGAUGCCGAUGGGACAACGUGUGCCUCUGGCCAAUGCACGUCCCGGAGCUGGCAAUGCGGCAUUGCUCUGUUCAACUCGACGAGCAGCAACUCGCAAGCCUGUAACUCGAAUAGCUGCGAACUCGACUGCUUUAGCUCCGGAAAUACAGGAACCUGCAACAGCACGGGCAUGUACUUCUUGGAUGGCACCUCAUGUGGGAAUGGUCGUUUCUGCUAUAGCGGCGACUGUUCGAGGAGCAGAGGUGAUGAUAGCAGCUCCGGCGGCAGCGGCGGGAACAGUGCCAUGGAUUGGAUCAACAAUAACCGGACACUCUUCAUCGUCAUAUGCUCGGUAGGCGGAGUGCUGGUGAUAGUCGCCUUCAUCGCCUGCUGCUACUGCAUGUGCCGCAGGUCAAGGAAGAGAACGAGUGCUCCGGUGCGGGCGCCGCCAAUGUCGAGCAACUCGCGCGGAUCUGCACUGGUCAACAGAGCGGUGAACCGGCCACCGCCGGCGUACCAGACGUCGCUCUACAAUCAAGGCCAGCGUUAUGCCUAA